AUGAGCCGUAAAAUGACGAGAGAUAAACUAAAUUCAAACGCAAUUAUUACUAAGACUCACAGUGGUUGUAUUAAAAUGUUCCUCAUAGUCCUACCGUUCAUAAUUAUUGGAUCAAAUGCAAUGGAACCGUUCGUUGUUGGCGGCAAUCGUGCUGCAAUAGAGUACUUUGCACAUUCAGUGUUUCUCUCUAUUCGAGAUUAUCAAGGCUCUUACAUCUGUGGUUCUUCUAUUCUUAACCAAAAAGUCCUCCUAUCAGCCGCGCACUGCUUCGAAACGUGCAUUUCACCUGGGAAUAUAUUCGCCUUUGUCGGCAACGCACACAAGUCCAGAGGAAGGAAAUACCAAGUGUCCAAUUUCAAGAUACACGAAAAUUACGAUUCUAACGAAGUGAAGAACGAUAUAGGCCUCGCGAUUCUGAGAGUUUCGCUGACGUUGGGAGCAAGUGCUAAAAGAGUCUCCAUCAUACCACAUCCACCAGCUAUAAAACUUGGCAAAGUUGCUGGUUGGGGAUUAAUUGAUGAAACAGGAGGUGUACGAAGCAGUUGGUUACACUCAUCAACUCAACGGCUCUGGACGUUGAACAAGUGUAGGGAAAUUUUGCCUGGUAUUCCAAAUGGCUGUCUAUGCGCCGGAGACACGUCGGAGCAAAGUUACGCUUCUGAGGGUGAUUCUGGCAGUGCUUUAGUAAUCAAUGGUUAUAUCCAGGUGGGCUUAGUAUCUUUCAAGCGGCCGGACACAUCAAGAGGUCUCGUUGUUUACACCAAUGUAUCGCAUUUCUACCAUUGGAUCAGAAUGAAUACUAGGAAUUUAUAUUGUAGAGAAAGAUUUGGUUAG